AUGAGUAGGCGCCCAUGCUGUGAGAAUGUAAUAGAGUUGAAGAAAGGACAAUGGACACCAAACGAAGACAAGAAGCUUAUAGCAUAUGUUUCUCAAUAUGGCCAUGAAAACUGGCACUCUUUGCCCGCUAGAGCAGGUCUUCAAAGAUGUGGAAAAAGUUGUAGACUGAGGUGGAUUAACUAUCUAAAUCCUAAUAUAAAACGAGGAAACUUUAGCUUCGAGGAAGAUCGCACUAUAAUUCAACUGCAUGCUCUUCUCGGAAACAAGUGGUCAACAAUAGCAGCUCUCUUACCAAGGAGAACCGACAAUGAAAUAAAGAAUCAUUGGAACACUAACAUUAAGAAAAGACUUAUCAAAAUGGGCAUAGAUCCUAUUACUCACAAACCAAAAUCCAACAACAAGGACCGCAAUAAUAUUGCCAUAAAACACCUGGCUCAAUGGGAGAAUGUUAGACUGGAAGCUGAAGCAAGAUCAUCAUCAAUGUCUCAAAUUGAAUCAUUACUGUGUUCAUCAAGUUCAUCAAAUGUGUCAAUAACCAAACACAACAAUGCAGUGUAUAGCAAUAUGUGUGCCAUUAUGCUGCCAAAUGAUGAUGACCCUUUUCCUCCAAUAUCCACAUCGAGCUUUCAUAGUAAGGAGCCUAUUAUGGAAACUAAUGGUCAAGAGAUCAUGGAUGGCUAUGGCUUUAACUUGCAGGAUGAUGAUGACAUAAUGGUUGCAUUGGAAGCAUUUAGAGAUUCCUAGAUGGAAAGGGAAAGUACAAU